AUGAAACACGGGCUCAAGCCGCCAAAACCAGCACCACGCCAUGUAGUUCGAAACAACAAGAUGGUGUAUAUACUUGACCGCCAUAAGCAGGCAGUGUAUAGCGAGCUGAUUCGACGAGCUGGACUGCAGCCACCUGCUUUCGUACGUUUGCUUCGUGGUGAAACUUUGCUCGACUCGCGUCCCAAUAAGGCGCUAGAAAUACCUACGGCUCACGUAUCGUGGGCUGACUAUCAGUAUCAGGCGCGGUGGAAAAAUAUCGUGAUGCACGGUGUUCAGCCAAAGUGGUGUAAAGAGUUCUCUUCACAACCAGUACCUCCUCCAAACCACGGGUCAGCAAAACGAGCAUUGAAUACUAUCAUCAAGAAUCUCCGCGCCGGGCAGGAUUCGAAUCGGUAUCUCAUCCUCGAUAUCGAUUUGCUUCCACUACUAGAAGGAGUGACGUGCAGCCCUUUCGGCGCUGUUCAGAAAGGGGAGGUCGACCUAGAAGAAGAUGCUCGGAUUAUCCACGAUUUGUCGUUCCCACCAGGUAGCUCCGUAAACGACAACACUGUUUCUGAUGACGAUAUCGACAUUUCGUACGAUGGUGCCGAAGCCAUAUCCAAUCGUAUCGUUGAUGUUGCGGAAAUAUUCCCGAAACUGCAGCGUAUGAUGACAGCGGAUGUCAACGGAGCAUUUCGAAAUAUUCCGAUAGCAGCACAGUACGUUGGUAGAUUUGCAGGAACAAUUCCAGAGCUGGGCAUACUCGUGAUCGACCUUUGCUGCCCAUUUGGUUGGAAAAUCUCGCCCUCCUCAUACUGGGUAGCGGGGGCUGCUAUAAAUCAUCUUUACGCGAACGCUUCUCCAGAGUGGCCUGGACAACCAGUAGAAGCUCAAGGAAACUUCAAUGCAAAAGCCUGUGGUUUGUGUCUGGGGUUGGAUUGGGAUCUCGAGGCCCUUACCGUAUCUAUUCCCCCAGAGAAGGUCGAAAAGGCUCAUCGCCGCAUUGUGGCAAUGCUGAACAGAACUAAAACAACGAGGACGCUGCUUUUAAAGCUGUUGGGUAGUCUUCGUCACGUGGUGACUUGUAUCCGCUCAGCAGCUCCGUUCUUCCAGAGGGUGGCUACAUUAGCGCGGCAAGCCCCUCGGUUCGGUGCUAUUGGGGUUUCUGAGCAAGCGACGGGCGACCUUCGGUGGUUUGAUUCGAUCCUUGCAAUCGGUAGACUGAACGGAAUCCCGCUUCAACAUUUUACGCGUCGACACGAACCUAAUAUCGAUAUCUACAUGGAUGCUAGUGAUCGAGGCUUGUGUGCACUCUUUCCUGCUCGAAAAGAGUAUUUGCAAGUCCAAUUUGAUGCAAAAGAGCUGGCAUUAAUUCGUAGUUUCAACGAUCACAGUGCCAACGAAUUUUGUAUCAAUGUUCGUGAAUUGAUGAGUGCGGUGUUCGCCUCCCUGGUGUGGGGGCAUGUGUGGGCCGACUCCAGCGACAAAUUUGACUCUCACAUCAAGUUCUGGAUAGAUAAUAGCCCAGCCGUGUCUUGGAACAACCGCAAGUCAAGUCGCAACAGCUACGGGCAAAUGCUGUUGCGGAUUCUCGGGAUGUGUGAAGUCAGAUAUGGAUUCUACACCUCAGCGGGUCAUAUUCCUGGGAUUAAUAACGAAAUGGCAGACGCAGGAAGCAGGGUGUGGCAGUCACCUUCAUUAGCGAGAAAGUUUGCUAACUUGUCAUUUGGAUGGAAACAGGUGCAGAUCCCAACCGACUGUCGCAAUCUCUCGCGUCUUUGGGCGCGCUACUGCGUGCUGGGGCGCUUGCCCAGUCGUCAAGAAAGAAUUACUCACGUGGAUGGGGACAGUGGGUCGCCUGGUGCGAGAUGA